ACAAACUCGCCCCCACUCUCUCAAACCAAAAUUUCUCUCAGACCCAAAAACUCUCUCAAAAACCCUAAAAAAUCAACACCCAUCUUCAUCAAAAAUCUCGUCACUCUCAAAAUCCUUCGUCAUCAACUACUCAAAUUCUCUUCUUCCAAACUCAAAAAAACUCAGUCACUGCUACCGUCUUUGAAUCACACACAGAAAGACUCAUUUAGAAAUCCCUAAUUUCUCAAUUUCUAGCAGCUCUCAUGGCGCAGAAGAAAGGAGUUAGAGAAGAUGCCGAUGAACUAUCUCAUGUCCCAUUACAAGCAGUGCUCUUAGCAGAUUCAUUCGCCCAAAAAUUCAGACCAAUUACAAUGGAACGCCCCAAGGUACUGUUGCCAUUAGUGAAUAUUCCGAUGAUUGAUUACUCACUAGCUUGGCUUGAAUCGGCUGGUGUGGAAGAAGUUUUUGUGUUCUGCUGUGCUCACUCUAAGCAAAUUAUUGAUUAUCUAGAUAAGUCUGAGUGGUUGUCUCUUCCCAAGUUCACCGUGACUACAAUUGAAUCUCAUGAUUCUGUUAGUGCUGGUGAUGCUCUCAGAUUGGUCUAUGAACGUAAUGUGAUACAUGGUGACUUUGUGCUAAUUAGUGGUGAUACUGUAAGUAACAUGUCUCUUACACAAGCACUACAAGACCACAAAGACAGAAAGAAGAAAGAUAGUAAUGCUAUAAUGACAAUGGUGAUUAAGAAGUCAAAACCUUCUUCAUUGACUCACCAAACUAGACUUGGUAAUGAUGAGUUGGUUAUGGCUAUUGAUCCUCAUACAAAAGAGCUUCUAUAUUAUGAGGAUAAGGUUGAUGCUGCAGAUGGGAUGGUUACUCUUGAUAAGGGAUUUCUUCUUGAUAAUUCUGCUAUCAAAGUGCACAAUGAUAAAGAGGAUUGUUAUAUUGAUAUUUGCUCUCCAGAAGUGCUCAGCCUUUUCACAGAUAAUUUCGAUUAUCAACAUCUGCGUCGUCAUUUUGUCAAAGGAUUGCUCGUAGAUGAUAUCAUGGGUUACAAGAUUUUCACUCAUGAAAUUCAUUCUAGUUAUGCCGCUAGAGUGGAUAAUUUUAGAAGUUAUGACACCAUUAGCAAGGACAUAAUUCAACGGUGGACAUACCCGUUGGUGCCUGAUAUUCAGUUUUCUGGAAAUCGCCCAAUCAAACUUGAAAGACAGGGAAUUUACAAAGGAUCAGAGUUUUCUUCAGAUAUACAGCUGUCGCGUUCUGCACAAAUUGGCCCUUUUACCUUGGUUGGAAGUGGGACAAGCAUUGGAGACUACUCUAAGAUCUCUAAUUCAGUAAUUGGGGAAGGUUGCUCUAUUGGAUCUAACGUCUCGAUCGAGGGUUCCUACAUUUGGGAUAACGUGACGAUUAGAGAUGGUUGUCAGCUUAACCAUGCUUUAGUUUGUGAUGGGGUGGUGAUAAAGUCAGGAGUGGUCUUAGAACCUGGUGUUGUUUUAUCAUUCAAGGUUGUAGUUGGACCACAAUUUCCUGUACCAGCGUAUUCAAAAGUAUCUUUGCUUCCCCAACCAACAAAUCAAGACAGUGAUGAGGAGCUUGAAUAUGCUGAUAGCGGUAGCAGAAUUCUUGACAUUACAUCCUUAAAUAGGGCUCUUGAGGUGCCCAAUGGGGAGUUAUCAAGGUCAUCUGACAAUGCCGAGGUUGGUGUUGCAGGAGUAGGUUACAUUUGGUCUGUUUGUGAAGGAGGUCACGAGGAAGAAUGGAGACACUCAGUAGCUCCUAUUCCUGCUAAUAAAAUUGCUGAGCUUAGGAAAGCUCCCAUUGAACCAGAUACUCCAAAAUUAGAAAUACUCCCAGCAGCUAGAGUAAAACCUGAUGUUGAGACUUCUGACUCUGAUGAUGAUCCUGCUACAGAUGAUCCGUGUGAUUUUGAUAAAGAGGUAGAAGCAACAUUCCUGAGGGCCGUUCAUGAAGGUGUGGACCAAGAGCAUGUAAUCAUAGAAGUGAAUUCACUGAGAUUAUCGUACAAUAUGGCAUCGUUGGAUUGUGCCAGUGCUAUUUUUUGGUCAGUGAUGAAGUUAGCAUUGGAAACAUCACAUUGUACCGAAGGUGAACUUUUCAGAAACGCUGUCAGCGCGAUCACAACAUGGCGAGAUCUUUUGCGACAUUACCUGCAGUCCAUAGACGAGGAGAUAGAAAUCAUUAUGAAAUUUGAAGAGAUGUGUCUAGAGUCGGCUAAAGAUUUUGCUCCAGUAUUUGCCAAGAUUUUGCACAUUUUGUAUGAUAAGGAUGUUCUGACGGAAGAAGCUAUUCUCUCGUGGGCAUCUGAAAAAGAGGGCGCAGAUGCUUCUGAUAAAAUCUUUGUUAAUCAGUCACAAAUCUUUAUCGAGUGGUUGAAAGAGGCAGAAGAAGAAGACGAUGAAGAAGAGUGAUAUGCAGGAAUUAGAUGGGUCUGAAUGAAAUCAGCUUGUCCAUUUUGUUUUGGGAGCAUUAGUUAAAUAUCCUUAGAAUUGUACCCCUUAAAAAAUACCCCUCCCAAUUUUAAAAAAUACCUUUCACUGUCCUAGAAGAGAGUCUCUCUCUACGAUGUUCCAAAAAGAGAAAAAGCCAGAUCGAAAUGAAGCAGCAGUAGGAGCUAAAUACUUUGCCCAAUUCUUCCAGAAAAGGAAUGUUUUAUGGUUUGUUGGUCAUUCAGUUUCUGAAGAUAAUUCCGUUUGCUGUGCACUUGGAGGAUCAAGUCAUGAUUAUGAUGAUUUUGUUCAAGGUAUUUUGGCACGUCCUGCUCUUCUCAACCUUAAUCAAUGAUAUCGUCUUAUAGCUGACCAAGAUUUCCUUUUUUUGCGAUCAGAUAGAACACAGAAUUUUAUCAUUUUUGUAUCAAUGAAAUGAGUAAAUCUGUAAUUUUUUAUGCCUGGAUUCUCCUUAUGUUUGUUUAAAAUUGGAGCGUUGAAACAAAUUCUCUCGCAUAUGUAUGAAGCGUCUGGUCGAUAUAAACUGCUAUGGAAGUAUAUGAAAUGGCUUACAAAGGAGAAGUGCAUGUUACAAA